AUGGCAGCCAAUGGACAUCACCAGAAUGGCGGCAGGACCAUCUUGGUCCUCUACAGGAUCACCAACUCCGAAUCAGACAGCUCUGAUCCUCUCUUCAACUGCUUCCAGAUGCCCUACGGCCGUGGACCAACGCUGAAUGCCGUCAAACAACACUGCACGGCAGCCCACUCGUUGAGUCACUUGGGACCAGAAGGGUAUCAUUGGAGGGUCUUGGUUGAAGACAAGCCCGUGGCUGGUAGCACGGAACGAGCCUACAGUUGGUGGGAUGUCCAGGAUGGCAAUGCCAAAUUGCCCGUCAAAGAAACAACCCAGUACAAUUUGCGCAAACUAUUGUUCCCACCCAAACCUUCCCUUGCUGCCACCGACACGGCUGCCAAGGCCGCCAAGGGAGCCUUCAAAAUGAUGAACAAAAUGGUCACGGGAGACGAUGCCGGUGGAUCCGAUCAUGGACCUCCCGUCGCUGUUUUGACGUUUAAAUUGCUCGAUUUGAUGAAAGCAGCCGACGAUGUCAACAAACGCAAUGGAGGAACGGCCCCCAUUCCACCCACUCAUGCUACAACUACGCGUCAUCAUCAUCAACCCCGUGCCGCCCCGGCUCCAGCUCCCCCCAGAGCUCCCGCCCCGACACCACGUCAACAACCCCGUGCGGCACCGCAGCAUGUGCGCCAAUCCGCUCCUCCUCGAGCCUAUCAGGCCCCACAACAAACUCGUGUCCAGCCGCCGCCGCAGCAACAACAACGCAAACCCGCCGAAGCCGAUCUCAUGGGCUUUAAUUCACCAGGUCGCAACCCCAAAGUGUUGCAUCAUGCCAUGUCGGCUCCUCUUCCGGCCAUGACGCCUACUGGCAGGCCUGCCCAUAAUCCCAAUGAAACCAGGGCUCAAAAGUUGCAACGAGAACACAAGCAACGAGAAAAAACUGCUGCCAAGAAUCGAGUCUGGGAUCCCGUCGACGAACGUUGGGUCGAAAUGCAACCAGGGUCGGCUCCACCCGGCCAUGCCAAAUCGGGCAUUGCGGCGGCAGCCAAAACCACCAAGGUCAAGGGGGUGUCCCUCAACCGUGCCAGUGCCUACGGGAAGAGCGAAACGGUCCAACGGGGUGUCGAACAGCGUGUGGCCGAAAUGGAAAAGGAACAGGCCAAAAAGGUGAAUGAAUUGCGAGAACGAGAAGCCAAAAAGAAAAAAGACGAAGAAGAGGAAGAUGUCAUUCGCAGACGGUUGGAUCCCAAAAUCAAGGCAUGGGCCGAAGAACACGGCAAAAAGAAACAGUUGCGAGCCUUGUUGGCAUCGUUGCAUACCGUCUUGUGGCCCGGUGCGAAAUGGAAGCAAUUGACCAUUGGAGACUUGUUGGAUGACAGCAAGGUCAAGAGAGCCUUUCACAAGGCCAGUCUUGUGGUGCACCCCGACAAGACGAGUGAUCUUCCUCCCGAGCAGCGCUUUUUGGCCAAGCGUAUCUUUGAUGGUCUGUGCCAGGCCAAGUCUGACUUUGAUGAUGGAGCCAAGUAG